AUGAGGAUUUUACUUAUAGGAAAGACAGCGUAUGCGAUGGCAACAGCAUUCAGUAAAGAGAAGGCAGAGGAAAGAAAAGAUUCUGUAAACCUUGCAGAUAUGAAGAAUGAGAGUUUGUAUGGUCUAUAUGGCAAUGACAACUGUGUGGUUAUCCAAAAUUGUUAUGAUGAGUGCAUUCCAAACCCAUGCUGCUAUUCAGAGUAUAUGCCCGUCCCAUAUGUACCCAUAUUGUAUAGAAACAGAUAUAACAACAAACCUAACAAGAAACCUAAAAAAAACCUAAUAAGAAGCCCAACAAGAAGCCUAAUAAGAAACCUUCUGAAGAGGAGAAGGAGGCUGAGGAGGAAGAAAAACCUUCUGAAGAAGAGAAACAAUCUGAGGAUGAGAACCCCACUGAGGAGGAAAAACCUUCAGAGGAUGAGAAGCCAGGUGAAGGAGUAA